AGUAAUGAGGAUAUAAAUCAAAAAAUUAAAUAGAUUAAGUAAUUAAAUUAACUUUUUCAUAGGAUCUCUAUAUAAUAAAUAACUUAUUAGUUAGAUAAUUCAUUAUUUUUAAUAAAAAUGUUAAGUUUAAACUAAAAUCAACACAUAUAAUAUAGUUCAGGUAAUUAAUACUAUUAACAGCCAGCAUCAGCGCCAUACAUACCUUAAUAAAUACCAUAUUAAAUGAUUAAUUAAAUGCCAUAAUAGCAUAUACCUUCUUAAAUAAAUUAUUAAUACCUACCAAACUAUAAUAAUUAAUAAUAUGAUUUUUAUUAGUAAUAAAAUAUGGAAAACAACAUUAUCUAAGGUAAUAACAUUGUAUUUUAGAAUUAAGAUGCUGUGUAUUAGUAAUAAAGCUAAUAAAUUCCUUAAUAUGAUCAAUAAUAAUAUGAACAACUUUCUAACUCUGUCUUAGAUAUGGAAAUAAAAAAGAAUGAAGCACAAAUAAUGCUACUAAAAUAAGAAAAUGAGAAAUUGAAUGAAGAAAUUUAAUAAUUUAAUAAUAAUUAAAUAAAUUAACAGUAAUUCCAAUUAUAGAUAGUUAAUAAUUCAUAACCAAUUUCACUUAGUAAUCCAGCCAAUGAUUUUGAUGAUAAACCAGAAAUAGCGUACUGCACUGCUCCUAUUCUAAAUAAAAAAAAAUACUACUAAGAAGGUAGUGUAACUACUUAUGGACUUUCAGUGCUACUAUAAAAAAUACAUAGACAUUUGAUACUUGACUAUUCAGCAAUAGACGUAAAAGGAAAAUCAAAUCUUUUUAGUAAAGAUUUUGUAGAGAAAGAAAUUGUAGACAAACUCCAGCUUACAAAUUAAUCAUUAGAUAGAAACAUAUUAGCAAAUAGUAAACCAGUUUAUUGUUGCAAUUACUUUCACAAAACUUUAAAUAAAUAUGCUAAAAUUAUAUGCAUAGGAGUACCUAUCUGGCUUUUUGUGUUAUCAUUUGUUUAUUUCAUUGGACAAACCUCUUCAGGUUACUUUCACUUGCUGAAUAUUCUUAUUUAAAUUUUUAGUAUAAUUUAUAUGUCAGUUUAGACUUUUAUGGUUUAUCUCAGCAUGAAAAAGUGUAGCCUAACUUUUAUUAAAGUUGCCUAAUUUAUGUCUAUGAUUAAUUUUUUUAUCUAAUUUGGGAAUACUUCACUUUCAAUGAGUUUGCUAGGAGGUGAACAUGGUUUCGGGAUAGUUACAGGAUUUUUAGUAAUAUUCAUUGUAAACGUUAUAAACAUGUUUAUACAGAUGUUUAUACUAGCUUAAAACACAUCUCUUGUACUUUGUAUGAAAAGAUUCUUAGCUGUCAUAUUAUAAAUUCCUUCAACUGAGCUUGUUAUGUGAGAAAAAAAAUAAUUUAAUUUUAAACUUUAAACAAACAAACAAACAAACAAACUAAAUAAAUAAAUACAAUUAACUAAAUAUAUUUCUAAAUAUGAUUAAUCAUCCAUUUAAUCAAUAUUUUAUAAAUAUUUUCAUACUCUAUACUAAUUACUUUUCAGUACUAAUCUACUAAUUAUUUGUUAAGUUUACAUCUAAACUAAAAAAAAAGUAUUCAAAAACCAAAAUAAAUCAAAAAUAAUUUCAUUUUAA